AUCAUUUCCCAGAAAACUAACUCUCCGAUUCUGGAAACUGGUUUUAGGCAAGUGCUACGAGAGGAAAAUUUCCUGUUGCAGUCGAAAUUCCAGAUAAAUGGAUGCAUCAAAUCAAGAUCCAAGAAAUCCUCCUCAAGGAUCUAGUCGCCCCCAAUUACGGAGGGUCAGAUCAGCUGAAUUUAGAAGACCUUCCCAUAACUUUUUACAGAUAAUGAAUGCAUCAAAUGGUGAUAUAGUGAAUCCUCCUGAAGUACCCAGUAACUCCCUAUUACGAAGGGUGGAAUCAGCCGUGUUCAAGAGACCUUCCCUUGACCUUUUACAGGAUACGCCUGAGGCCAGAAUGAUGUACUUGAAAUUAUGUGUGCCUCUUCACAAGUAUGCAUCUGAAGGCAAUUGGGAAGAAGCUAAGCUCAUAUUAGGUCAAAAUAGAACGCUUCUGAGUGCUGCCAUAGCACAAGGAUGGUCAACAAUACUUCAUGUAGCAGUAGGAGCAGGUCAUUUUCACUUUGUGGAGGAGCUUGUGAACAUGAUGGAAGAGAACAAAAUACACUUGGAUUUACAAGACUCAAACGGAAACACUGCCUUCAGCUUGGCUACUAUUGCAGGAAACUUGGAGAUUGUUCAGUUAAUUCGAACAGGUUUCACUCCUAUUCUUUUUGCUGCAUUACAAGGAAGAGCUGAUUUGACAAAGUAUCUAUAUCCUUUCACUGUUGAUGAAAAUUUUGAAGAAGUAGAAUGGAAGAAGUUAUUCCUCACUUGCAUUGACUCUGGUAUUUAUGAUUUGGCAUUGCACAUGUUGAAAGAAAAAGGAAAACUAGCAUUUGCAACGGAUGAAGAUGGCAUGACAGGUUUACAUAUCAUGGCUCAGACAGCAGAUUUAGGAAGUUAUAGGCCAGAACAUCAAAUUCAACUCACAAGUUCAGGUACGAAGAAUGGUGUUGCCCUUGACCUUGUUCAUCUCCUAUGGGAAGAAAUUCUCAACGGUGUAGAUUCAAAGGAAAAUAUGAAGAAACUCAUAAAUGAACCAUCAAGACUACUAUUUGAUGCAGCAAAAGAGGUGAGGAAGAUAGUGUUGCCCUCAUAUAUGAAGAAGAAAAACUCAAAGGAUAAAACCCCUUGUGAGUUAUUCACUGAGGAGCAUGCUGCAUUACGUAAAGAUGCUGAAUCUUGGAUGAAAGGAACAGCUAAGUCAUGUAUGCUUGUUUCAACUCUUAUUGCUACCGGUGUGUUUACUGCGGCAUUUAGCACACCAGGUGGUAUUAAGGAUGAUACAGGAGUUCCAAAUUAUUUGGGAAAACGAUCAUUUACGAUAUUUGCAAUAUCAGAUGCCAUUGCAAUGAUCUCCUCUUCGGCUUCCAUACUAAUCUUCUUAUCCAUUCUCAUAUCACGUUAUGCAGAAUAUGACUUUCAUCAUUCUUUACCCUCAAAGCUAAUAUUCGGAUUGAUAACACUCUUCAUCUCCAUAACAAGCAUGAUGAUAGCAUUUAGUAGUGCUUUCUUUGUGACAUAUGACCGUGGCUUAAAAUAUGAACUGGAAGAAAACAAUACUAUACCAGAAGAGAGAGAGGCUGAGAAGACAAAGCUAGAGCAAGGGUCGAAAUCUGGAAAGAGGGAAAAG